AUGGGUUAUGCUCCUAAACCAGUUCACAAAGUCUAUAUCAAAUCAGAACUCGUUACAGGAUUUUUCCCCGUCGCAGUAUGCCCAACCUUACCCAUAGAGGGGGUUGCCAUGUUGCUAGGAAAUGAUAUUGCGGGCGGAUUAGUGCGUCCUGGUCUAGAGGUGCUGGAUAAGCCCCUCAGUUCUGAUGCCCCAGAGAUUUCUGUGACCCCAAAGCUGUACCCAGCCUGUGUGGUUACUCGUGCCCAAGCCCGUAAAGAUGACUUGGUGAACCCUGAGGAGCCUGGUCCAUCUGUAAAAGAUAUUCCACUGCCUUUGACCAGAAAAAACCUGUCGGCCGCUCACAUAGCUAGCGAGUUACUAAAGCCAUGUUUUAAGCGAGUGUUUAUUGCCUUUGUGUCUUUGUUCUUCAUCCUGGUUUCCAUUACCACCUUCUGUUUGGAGACUCAUGAGGCUUUCAACAAAAUCAUCAACAAGACUGAUGUGGCACGGGACAGCAACGUGACCGACUCAGGUCCACAGUAUGAGAUCGAAACUGAUCCUGCUCUUACAUAUGUGGAGGGUGUUUGUGUCUUCUGGUUCACCAUUGAGUUCCUGGUGCGUGUGACCUUCUGCCCAGUCAAGUUGGAGUUUUUUAAGAGCGUUCUCAACAUCAUCGACUUCGUGGCUAUCUUGCCUUUCUACUUGGAGGUUGGGCUGAGCGGUCUUUCUUCAAAGGCUGCCAAGGAUGUGUUGGGUUUCCUCAGGGUGGUUCGUUUUGUUCGUAUUCUGCGUAUCUUCAAGUUAACUCGACACUUUGUGGGACUUAGAGUACUGGGCCACACGUUACGGGCUAGCACCAAUGAAUUCCUGCUGCUCAUCAUCUUCCUGGCAUUGGGAGUGUUAAUUUUUGCCACAAUGAUAUACUAUGCUGAAAGAAUCGGCGCCAAGCCCAAUGAUCCCACGGCUACCCUCCACACUAAGUUCAAGAACAUCCCCAUCGGCUUCUGGUGGGCCAUGGUAACCAUGACAACACUGGGAUAUGGUGAUAUGUAUCCAGAGACCUGGUCAGGUAUGGUCGUGGGCGCAUUGUGUGCUUUAGCUGGUGUGCUGACGAUAGCCAUGCCUGUGCCCGUUAUCGUCAAUAACUUUGGGAUGUACUAUUCUCUGGCUAUGGCCAAGCAGAAGUUACCCAAAAAGAGGAAGAAACAUAUCCCUCAAGCAGUGCAGGGAGGGUCCCCCACCUACUGCAAAGCUGAUCUCAACACCACCUGCAACAGUACUCAAGGUGACCUGUGCCACGUCAAAGGGAGCAGGGUACUAGAACGCAACCGUUCAGGUAAGACCAUAUGUUCAGACAAAGGUCAUAUGGAAAACAGAACUAAGAGAAGCUUUGUUUAACAGUCAAUUCAGAUUA